AUGUUGGCUCUUCGCGACCAGGAGAACCUGGUAAACACCCACCAGACUGCUGCCGCAGCUAAGCCCUUGAACCAAAGCAAGCCGUUAGCACCCAAGACGCCCGGCAAGCAACGAAAUGAUGAGAACAACCCGUUGGCAUUUGGAAAUCGCACCGUGAAGGGCAAUGGGAAUCGCCAGGAGAAUGGAAAACUGGGCAACGCGUUUAUCACUCCGAUGGUGAAGGACCGCGCUCCACUGGGCAUGAAAACGACGAAUCUCAAAGCCAAUAACCUCCUGACGCCCGCGCCCUUUGGAACCACAAAGCAACCGAAGACAAAUCGCAGACAAUCGACUGCCCAGAAGAUCAGAAAAGCUGCUCCAGUGACACAACAAGCUCAAACCAAAGUCCACAUUGACGCUGCUGCCGAUGAUGUACCGGAUAUUGAAUACAUGCCACCCAAGGCUAGAGAUCUUCCCGACCUUCCAGAUGAUGUAACAUAUGACACCACAUUCCCCCAAUUCCGACCUAAGAAUCGAGCAUUGGGAUUGGAGAGUGUUUACGGAAAGCAACAAGUUGGCAGAGAUGGACUCACGGCGAAACAGCGCAAAUUCAAAGAGGAUUCAGCGGCGUGUGACAGGAUGGUGGAUGAUAUGAUUAUGAAACAACUCGAGGAAAUUGGGUUUGAGAGCUCCGGUGAGAGCGAGUCUGCAAAGGGGAUUCAGCCUAAUGCCAUCCCCCCAAAGAGACCUACAAGCACACGUCAAACUCGCAGUGUGUCCACGCUUCGAGCUCGUGACGCUGCCGCAGCGCUUGCCGGACCCCAGCCAACUGCUGCACCUCGAGUGGCUCUAACCCCGAAACCACGGGUGGCAUCAUUGGCAUCGUCACUGGUUAUGCCCAAGAGGCACGCUAGGGUCCCGUCUAAUCCCUCUUCCAUGCGCAAUACUGCUGCUUCUGUCAACUCUCGGACGACCGUUGGCUAUUCCAAGGGACGUAAGGACCUCGAGCUCUCAGAUCCUGUCUCCCGAAACUUAUAUGCAGCUGUAUGGACCCCUCCGCUGGACUCGGAAAUGUGGACUCGUUGCAAAGCUGCUGGAUGCUUUGACACCCCGGAUGAGAUCACCCAGGAACCGGAAGAACCACUGCCCACAUUUGACGAAGAUGAUGAGGCCCAGAGCUUCCAGCUCACUUUGUAG